AAGGGGGAGGUGGCGCGCACGCUUGGAAAGGAUUGCGGUGUAGACUGACGUAUUCACGCACUGCGGGCACAGAGGUUAAAUGUUUUUGAUCAAAGGUUCAUAUGUUUGGCAAAACAGCUCAAGGUCUAACCAAUGAGGAUCAUGACACCAGGAAUCCCAUAUUGGAACAUGCAGGAUGGGUCACGGACACGAACAUGGGCAUGAAAAGUUACAGCUUCCAGACUACAAACAGUGGAAAGUAGAAGGCACCCCUUUGGAGUUUGUGCAAGAAAGACUGGCCAGGAGAGGACUCCAUGAUCCAUGGGGACGCAAUGAAGCCUGGAGGUUUAUGGGAGGCUAUGCAAAACCAGUCACUUUUAGUCAAGUUUUAUUCAGAGGCUUCAAGUGGGGAUUUGCAGCAUUUGUGGUAGCACUCGGUGUUGAAUAUGCCUUAUUUCCUCAAAAGAAAGAUGAUGGACAUCAUUAAGUGUAUAAAUAAAAAAGGACUUGAGUGCGUUGCUAGUUUCAGUAGAUCCAUUAAGGUAUAGAGGAAAGAAAGAAAUAUAAAUGUUAAAAUAUUUUUUUGUUUCUGUUUAUGCAUUUAACAGAUUACCUGCUAAUAACCGAGACAAAGGAGUGUAUUUGCUCUGCUGGAUCUUGACCUGAAAUAAAAAUGUGACUUAACAAGAUGUCAGUUACUGAUGAGCAGGAAAUUUAUCUUGGCAGUUAAUUCCUCAAUAUGUUAUCAGUAAUGAUGACCAAUGAUUAUUUCAUUAUGUUGGAUAUAUUACGUUUCAAUGAAUUAAAUGAUAAGCUUGGUCGUA